AAAGUGUGUUGAGCUAUGUCGCCAAAAAGGAACUCGGCAAACAGUUCCCCACUGGGCCAGGCUCACGGAGCUAGGAAGGGUCAGGGGCUGGGUUUGAGCCUGGGAAGGUGAAGCUUGAAGACUUCAGGCCUGGCCCUCCACCUGUCUGCCUUGUGGCUUAGAAGUUAGUGGGGAUUACAAAUCCUCAAACUCUGCCCCGGAUCUCAGACUGCCUUCCAGAAAACCCAGAACUGAGCUGUGGACUGAAAUCCUGCUCCUUUUACUUGGCCUUGUCCAUACAUCGAGGAUUGUAAUAGUAGCCACGCUACAGGGAGAGGGAUUAGAGCCAUGAUUUUGACUAGUAUAGGGAGGGCUUUCCUCUAUCAGUCCUUCGGACUGUGUAGACUAGGGCACUAGAAUGCCUUAAGGUGGGGGGGAUAUCGCUCCGAGUCACAGAGCCGAGAGAUGUGGGAGAACUUCCUGGCUCAAGGUCAUCUAUCUCUCUUGCUACCCCCUUCCCACAAGACUGUUAAGAGGAGCUUCAGGUACCCCUGGAAUCGUGGGCAUUGAAGGCCCAGAUUCCUUCCGGUGAUGCUGAUUCCUCCACUUCUCCUGAUUCUCUUGUUGUUCCACCCAGUCCUGUGGAAAGCACAGGCCAGCUUUCCAAGGAGCACCUCCAGCGAGCUCUACCGUCAGUGGGUCCGGUACCGGGCUCAGUGCCAGGAUGCUCUAGCUGCUGCUGAGCCAUCACCGGGGCUGGCCUGCAAUGGGACCUUCGACAUGUAUGCCUGCUGGCCCCACUCACUCCCUAACACCACCGCCAGUACCCCCUGCCCCUGGUACCUGCCCUGGCACCAGGAAGUGACCAUGGGCUACGUGCUGCGUCUCUGCGAGGUGGACGGCCAUUGGGGACCCUGGAGGGACCAUUCCCAGUGCGCGGCUCCAGAGGAGGAGCAGGUCUUCCAGGACCAAAGGCUCAUUCUGGAGAGGUUGCAGCUGGUGUACACAGUGGGCUACGCGCUCUCUCUGGCUGCCUUGCUGCUGGCUCUGCUGAUACUGGGUUCCUUUAGGAAGCUUCGAUGCACCCGGAACUAUAUCCACAUGAACCUGUUCAUCUCCUUCAUCUUCCGAGCAGCUGCCAUCCUCACUCGGGAUAAACUGCUGCCUCCCUUGGGCCUUCACUUUGGAGACCCCUCUCAGCUCCCGUCCCUAGCCGCCUGCCGCGUGGCUCAGGUUGUGACCCAGUACUGCGUGAGCGCCAACCACACCUGGCUGCUGGGGGAGGGCGUUUACCUGUACAGCCUACUGGUGCUGAUGCCUUUCUCGGAAGACAGUCACUUCAGAUGCUACCUGUUCCUUGGCUGGGGAGGCCCCGCGCUCUUUGUCAUCCCGUGGGUGAUCUCUCGACACCUCUACGAGAACACUCAGUGCUGGGAACGGAACGAGAUCAAGGCAAUCUGGUGGAUUAUCCGCACGCCCAUCCUCGCCACCAUCUUGGUUAAUUUCCUUAUCUUCAUUCGAAUUCUGGGCAUCCUGCUGGCCAAGCUGAAGGCCCACCAGAUGCGUUGCCAGGACUACAGGCUCAGGCUGGCCAGGUCCACACUGACCCUGGUCCCCCUCCUGGGCAUCCACGAGGUGGUGUUUGCGCCUGUGACAGAGGAACAAGCAGAAGGCGCCCUUCGAUACACCAAAUUGUACUUUGAGAUCUUCCUCAGCUCCUUCCAGGGUCUCUUUGUCAGCAUCCUCUAUUGUUUCAUCAACAAAGAGGUCCAGGCUGAGAUCCGAAAACAAUGGCAGCGAUGCCGGCUGGGCCAAAUUCUCUUGGAUGAGCAGUACCUAUCCCAGGACCGCCGCAGGGCCCCAGGUGGGGAGGGAGAGGUGGCUAGCCCGGCCUCUGAGAGCUCCUGCUAGGAAGGGCUGCAAUCAUCCUCCUGCUCCUCCCAACAGAGAAACAAAAACGCAUGUGUUAGCAAAAAUGUAUAACCAUCGUGCCCA